AUGACUGAUGAAUUAGAUAAUCCUGGUGCUUCUUCUCUGGAAAAUACUCAAGAAACAAUACCUAAUGAUGAUAAAACAUCAAUAUGCCAAGAUUUUAUGAAUCGAAUACAGACGUUGAAGACACUUCCAACAACAACAAAAGAAUCGAAGAAACAAGUAUGGCUAGAAUUCAUUUCUCUCUGGUUCGAAAUUCUUCAAUACCCUUCUUUCAAUGUUCAAUCAUGUUAUGAUGAAUGUUCUCAGCUUAUACCACUGCUAUAUACCUCAACUAAUUUUUAUCUAUUAAAAAGAGAAAAAGAUGUCGCUCGACAAAGUUGUUUGUUAUGUCUUUCUGGACUCGAUCAACCACACAUCAAAGAUUACUUAUCAUCGACGAAUGACGCCGAUGAAUUAUCAAAAGGCAAAACAUAUCAUUAUCAUAUUGAUUUUCUUUUAAGAAUCCCCUCACAGUCAGCUUUAUAUUUAUCAUCUCCAUCAGUCGAAGAUCAAAAGGUGCUAGAUAAAUACACCGAAGUUUUUAUUUUACUUAUUGAACGUAUUGAAAGAUGUAUCCCAAAAUAUUUAGAAACAACAGCAACACAAAAUAAAUAUGAAUUGGGUGUCCUUAAUCAACGUGCUCUUGACUUAAUAUGGAAUUUAGUAGAUAUAACAGCAUUUGUACCGACAUUUUUAAAAUGUGGUUUACCCAUGAAAGUAGUCGGUUGGCUUACUCAAGCAAAUAAAUUGACAGAGAAAUGUCGUAGACCUUUUCUGAGUAUUGCUCAUAAUAUUUCUCGACAUGAUGAUGGAGCCGAUGAACUCAAUAAAUAUGGAGCUAUUGAUGUUAUCAAACAAUAUCAGAAUACAAAGCUAGAAGGGAAAGAUUCACGGAUUGUUCUUGUUGCAAUGGUUUUGGCUCUUCUCUCUACUCCUGAGCAACUUAAAAGUGAUACGAAAGACAUGAAUGUUGUGCUUAAUAAAUUGCUACAACUUGUGAUGAAUGCUGCUAAAGGUCACCUUCACCGUUGUAAUGGUUUUCAUGUUAGUGAACCUUUGGCUGUUUUGGUUAAAAUGUUCGUAGUGGAAGAACGAACACUUGAUUAUAUACUUUGUCAUGCUGAAACUGAACCGCCAACAGAUAUGCACUCGACUAUUCGUUUAUUUAUUUCCUUAUUCUUCGAGUUUUCUAAUGCAUUACAAGGAACAGAUCGUCUCGAUCAGUUUACAUGCAUAGCCCUGUUGAAUAUUCUUUGGAGUAUAUCAUUUCAACCACAUCAUGCACAAGAAUUAAUUGGUAAGGAAAAAUUGAUAGAUACAAUCCAACAAUUUACUGAAGAUAAUAAGGAACAAGAAAUUGUCGAACAAUAUAAACCAAGAUCAAUGGAAGGUAUUAAACCAGCAGCUAAUGGCAUUUUACACAACCUUAAUAAAGAUAAGAAAGACGAUACAAUAUCCAAUGACCAGAUUAAUUUUCGUGAUACUCCGGUAUCAAAUUCCACGAAAGAAACAUCCUGCAAACCAAUGAUUAUGAUUAGUUAUUGUCAUGCAGAUAAUGAUUUUUGCAGUCAAUUACUUCAUUUUUUAGCAACACGUAAUGAUGCAUUUGAUGUAUGGAUUGAUCAAACUCAUUGUCAAGGAGCUGCUGAUUUAUGGGAACUAAUUGCUGAUGGAAUUGAACGAUCAUCUACUGUUGUAUGUCUUCUGUCAGGUCAAUAUUUUGAAAGUAAAUCAUGUCGUCAAGAAUUUAUCUACAGUGUCGAUUCUCUCAAGAAAAAAAUAAUUCCUGUAAUACUCGAGAAUUUUGAACCCAAAGGAUGGCUCGGUAUUCGUAUGACUGGUUUGAAAUAUGUUCGUUUUCGUGACUCUGUGCGACCGGAUCACAAUAAAAUGAACGAAAUAUUAAAUACAAUUUUACUCUCAUUCUCAUCGUCAAAGCCAUUGGUCCCUAAAACUGAUUUAUUUUCUUAUCAGCAUGCCACGCCAUUACCUGUUAUUCUUAAAACACCAGAACUUAAUACGGUUUUGAUGCAGUCAAAGCUUGCUGCUCCUCGUCCAUUCAAUGAAUGGAGAUCAACUGGUGAAGAUAUUCAUGCUUGGUUUGCAUAUAAUCGACUAUCAGAAAAACUUCGCGAUUUAUUCGAUUUUCAAACAGGUGAAGAAAUGCUUAGAUAUGCUCAAUUAUUAAUCAAAGAUUAUGAUAAACAGAUGAAUAUUUAUGGAAAACUUUUUGCUCAAAAAUAUCAUGGCGAUGAAAUGCCUCCACAUGAAUUUAAUAGAUUUGCAUUAGCUCUAGAACAUUUAUUAGAAGAAAAUCGCCCAUUAGCACCUUUUAAUAAGCAAAAGCCCCCCGAACCUAUUAAAUCCACUGCAUGUAUGAUUUUAUAA